GCAGCUUAGUGGCUGGAAUGAUCACUUAAGUAGUGGCGAAAACAGAACUGAAAUAUGUGAUAAUACAGUACAGAGCAAAACUGAGAACGAAUUGGUAGUUUGUUUUGGGUUUUCGCCCGCUUUACCAUUUUAAGGUAAUUUUGGAUUAGUUAACGACAUUAUGGCUGCCUCUAGAAUACUACUUGCCCAGGUUUCCCAGCAACAAUCACCUAUUAAAAUGGUAGUUACCACCAGCCCCACAUCUUCGACACAGAAAAGGAGACUUGAAGCCGCAGCUGAGUCGGAAGAGAGGGCGGCUGAGCUCGCCAAGCGUCUGACUUUCGAUCCAUACCCUGAAGUCCAGUAUACGAAACAAGGAUUACCAAGAAAACGUCAAAGGCUGACACAUCUUACAACAGAACAGAAAUUAGCAAGAAGAAAACUGAAGAACAGGGUGGCAGCUCAAACUGCACGAGAUCGGAAGAAAGAUUAUGUAACGACGAUAGAAGAAAAAUUCAGUAAUAUAUUACAAGAAAAUCAAAGACUUUUAAAGGAAAAUGAAACUCUAAAAGCACGAUCUGAUGUCUUGGAAAAUGAAAACCAAGAACUGAAAGCCUGUCUUAAACUUUUCUUGAGCUCAAAUAGCGUGGAUAAGCAAAAGGUUUUAGACUCCACCAGCGUGGUUGUAAAGGAAGAAGUUGGAUCCCCUGAGUCUGCCGUACUCAACGCCCCUCUGCCGCAGGUGCAGAUCCAGCAGCUUUCAAUGUUGUUCACAACCAUCCUGAUGUGGAGUCUGAUGUCCUUCUUCAACUUAUCGAACAGCUCGAUGCCGAGACCGCAACGACAAACACAGAUUGUUUCGAAGCCAGAAAAAAGUCAACAGUUGACAUUGCCAACACAGAAUCCUCCAGUAGUUUGGUGGGGAGCACAUCAAAAGACAUGGAAUCCAUCAAAGAAAUGAUUUUGUCUGAUCAUGAGUACUCAAAGCCGCCUGCCUCUGUGAUGUUAAUCACUUCUUCAGACGAAAAAUAUUCGGAGACCGUACACACUGACAUUCCAAUGAUAGUUGAACCGCUCUCUGUCACAACAAGCACAGACACAGAAAAGCUUGACAUAAACGACAUUCUGAAUUGUGAUCAGGUGGAUGAUGGCUUUACUGAUGAACUCUCUGAUCUUCUAGGACUUAAUGGCAGCCAGUACAACCCUCUUUCACCUUGCCCAUCAUACUCUAGUGCAAGUGAUUCCGGGGACUCAGCAUUUGGGGAAGUUCCCAGUUCACCAAUAAGCAGUGAUGAAAGUAUUCUUUGUGAUGAUUUUUGGGACGACUCCUUUUCAAAUCUCUUCCCAUUGCUAGAGAAUUUAUAAAUUUGGAUUAAAAAUUGUAUAAAAGGAAUGAACUUUAUCAGAACUGUACAUAAUAUAAAUAAAGUGGGCCUAUUUGAUUUCUAGAGAGUUUUGACAUCAACAUUCUGGUCACAAAAAUUUAAAAUGUGAUCGUGUAAAAAGUGGCAGUUUUUUUCUGACUUUGGUCAUUUUUGUCUUAAAUUCUUAUUUAACAGUUAUACUUAUAUAUAUUUUACAGUAGUGAUGUAAUUUUCUUUGAGGUAUAUGGCAUUAAAGGUAAUAAAGUACUCAAA